AGGCAGCGGCGGGAGGGGCAGUGUGCUGGGCUGUGGCGCGGCGCAGGAAUCUUGGAGCCUGUGAAACCCUGAAAGUCGAGUGGAAUAAAGAGGUGAUUUUCAAGUCUUUAAUUUGCAUUCAAUCCAACAAAAAGAGAAACUGGUAGAAAAUGUCACAUGGGAAAGUUCUGCAACCUGUUUUGAAAAUGAAGGUGGACGAACUCUUUUUGUGCUGGUUGAGUCAGCCUGCAACUCAGCUGGCAUUAAAGGACUGCUUGAGAAGAAUUAAGGAUGAGGAGAAAGUGGAGAUUGCUGGUGGAAAUCCAGGAAAUGGGAAAAAUGAGAGGUUCUCCAAUAAGAAUUUCAAUUCCAAGCAAUGCAUAUUAGAAGAUACCAAAUUACCUUUGUGUCUCAGUCCUCCUCAACAGCUUUCCUCUACUCUUCCAUUGGCGACUCCAGUCAGCCAAAGGAACCCUUCUCAUAUUAGAACACGUCGAUCCUCAGGAAACAGAGCAAUUCAGACAAAGAAGGAAGAAACUUUGCCACCAUCACUUAGUCAAAACAUUCCAACUUUCUAUUUUCCUCGAGGAUGUCCUAAGGAAAAAGUGAAUAUAGAUGCUGUGAUUGCCAAAAUUGAGAGAACUUUCUCUGAGUUUCCAAAGGAGAGGGCAACAUUAGAAGAUAUGGGGAAGGUUGCAAAGGCUUGUGAUUGCCCACUUUACUGGAAAGGUCCUUUGUUUUAUUGUGCUGGAGGUGAACGAACAGGAUAUGUGUCAGUUCAUAAAUUUGUUGCAAUGUGGCGGAAAAUACUUCAGACCUGCUAUGAUGAUGCUGCAAAGUUUGUUCAUCUUCUAAUGAACCCUGGAUGCAACUACUUGGUGCAAGAAGACUUCAUUCCUUUUUUACAAGAUGUGGUGAAUAGUCAUCCUGGCCUAUCAUUUUUAAAAGAAGCAUCUGAAUUUCAUUCUCGGUACAUUACCACAGUUAUACAGAGAAUAUUUUAUACAGUAAAUAGAUCCUGGUCUGGGAAAAUAACUUGUAAUGAACUCAGGAAAAGCAACUUUUUGCAGAAUGUGGCAUUAUUGGAAGAGGAAGCUGAUAUUAACCAGCUGACAGAGUACUUCUCAUAUGAACAUUUUUAUGUUAUCUAUUGCAAAUUUUGGGAGCUGGAUACAGACCAUGACCUCUAUAUUGAUCAGAAGGAUUUAGCUCGACAUAAUGAUCAUGCAAUAUCAAAUAGGAUGAUAGAGAGGAUCUUCUCAGGAGCAGUAACAAGAGGUAGAAAAGCACAAAAAGAUGGAAAAAUUAGCUAUGCUGAUUUUGUCUGGUUUUUGAUAUCUGAAGAGGACAAGAAGACACCAACUAGCAUUGAAUAUUGGUUUCGCUGCAUGGAUCUUGAUGGAGAUGGUGCUUUGUCUAUGUACGAACUGGAGUACUUUUAUGAAGAACAGUGCCAAAAGUUAGAUAACAUGGCCAUAGAGCCUUUACCAUUUGAAGACUGUUUGUGCCAGAUGCUGGAUCUCGUGAAGCCACAACAUGAAGGAAAAAUUACUCUGCAUGAUUUAAAGCGAUGCAAGUUGUCAAAUGUGUUUUUUGAUACUUUUUUCAACAUUGAAAAAUACCUUGACCAUGAACAGAAGGAUCAGUUUAUGUUGCGGGAUGGUGAAGGUGAAAGCCAAGAGAUCUCUGACUGGGAGAAGUAUGCUGCUGAAGAGUAUGAUAUCUUGGUAGCAGAGGAGGCGGCAACUGACCAGUGGAAUGACGGGUAUGAGGCAGAACUGAAUGCUGUAGACCAUCAGAAGGCCAACGUCCUCAAGUACCAGAUGGAGAAAAGACCACUUUUUGAGAUGCCUUCCCACCUGGCUGAUGUAGACUUGGACGAAUACGACUACGAAGAGGACUUUGAGUAAGGAUUCCUUACAGUCAGCACUUGCAGAAGAGAAAGGAUGGUCUGCAGCAGGUCUGCCACACACCUACACAUUUCAGUGGGUUUUGUUUCCAGGAAGUCAGCUUAGUUUUGUGCUCAAAAUAUUUAGUCACUACACUACCUUCUAAAUGAAAGAAGCGCAUUUGUAUGGAAUGGUGAAACUUUUUGUAUUUAUUCAAUAGUCUAUAGUUUGUAAAACAGAUUAAAAUAUUUAUUUACAGAUGUUGCAUAAUUCCUUUUUGGAAGGAUAACAAUAUUUGAUUUUAAUCUACCGUCUUUGAGAACUGUGUGAUUCUCUCAAAGUUGACGUGUGGUGCACUGACCACCUCUGUCCCCUGUGUGAAAAGAUAUUCCUGUCCAGCUCUGAGAGGUAAGGAGACAAUUUCUACCUGCCUUACCAUGAUUAUACACUCACAGGCAUCCCUAAGGGGUUGCUGCCAUGCCAAGGAAGACAGGGUUUGGCUCUCAUGCACAAGCAGAGCUGCCAUGCAAUCAGUGCAGAAGGAAAGCAACUGCCUGAGAUGAGUUGCUUCUCUUCUCCAUGUAGUCCCUGUUUGCCAUGAAUCUAACUUUGCUUGCCCUUUUAAACUUCAGCCUUUUUAUUGGUGUUGAUGACAAAAAGAUUAUUUAAUAAUGAAGGUCUGUAGCAUUCAUAUUUGAUCCAAAAAUGAGUGUGUUAAUUCAUGUAGAAGGAACCAAUUUUUUAAACAUCCUCUGUAUAAAUGUUACCUGAUCUGUGACGUGCACUAAUUUUGUUGUGGGCAUUCAGUGCUUUCGUCUGUCUCUCCCCCUCCAGUUGUUUGCUAUUGACACAUUCCAUGGAUAUUCAUCAGUGUCACAGCAGCUUGAAAUUGUUGCCUCACUCAUACUGUUAAAACAGAUUUUGUUGGAGGAAAAGAAAAAUGUACAAAAAGAUGUAAGUUAUUUUUUGG